GGAGGAGGAGUCACAUGAUCAGGGGCUGCUGCUCUAGGCUCAUCUGCUCAGUGUUUGCAGGACUCUGCUGUCACAUGACCAUCAUCACAGGUCCUUCAACUACGAUCACUUCUCGACAACACUGCUGAGCUCCGCCCACUGAUGUCACAUGAUCCUCCUCACAGGUCCUUCCGCCGCAGUCACAUCUUUACUGCUAAACUUUACCCCCAAAUGUACUGGUCACAUGAUUGUGACAUCAUCACAGGUCCUACACCUCCAGCAUGUAGCAGAUACAGAGCAGGUCCUGGUGGGGCAGUCACUGCUGUUGUGUUGUGUGUGGAGAUCUCUCAGAGCAGCAGCCCCUGAUCAUGUGACUCCUCCUCCUCAAUGUGACUGAUCACAUGACGGUGACAUCAUCGCAGGUCCUGUAAGCACACGGCUCCUCUACAGAUACAGGUUUCUCCAAUCCAGGAUCCUCUGCUGAUAUCUUCUAUAUAAGAGAAUUCUCCUGGAUGACCCAUCAACCAUGGAGAGAGACAGGAACAAGAUGGCCGACAGGAUCAUAAACCUCACCCUACAGAUACUCUUCCGGCUUACUGGAGAGGAUUACACAGUAGUGAAGAAGUCCUCUAGUGGGCGCUGUCGGGCCCCAGUGUGUGAAAGACGGGGAAGAACCCUGAGCCCAAUCCAGGGGCCCCCACCUCACUCCCUGAUACAUGAGGAAAUGGAUGAACAGAAGAUCCUAGAACUCAUCAACAAGAUGAUGGAGCUGCUGACUGGAGAGGUUCCUAUAAGGUGUCAGGACGUGGCGGUCUAUUUCUCCAUGGAGGAGUGGGAGUAUGUAGAAGGACACAAGGAUCAGUACAAGGAUCAGGUCAUGAUGGAGGAUCAGCAGCCCCUCACAUCACCAGUCAGAUCCAGUAAGAGAACAGCACCAGAGAGGUGUCCCCGUCCUCUUUUUCCACAGGAUGAUCAGGGAGAAGAUCCGAACAAUAUUAAUGCUCCAGAGAUAGAUGUGAGCGGUGAUGAGCAGUAUAAGGAGAACAUUUCUACAGGGAUAGAUCUGAUCUAUAUUAAUGCUACAGACAUAAAGGAAGAAAAAGAGACAGAUGUGAGUGGUGAUGAGCAGUAUAAAGAGAACAUUCCUACAGAGAAAGAUCUUAUCUAUAUUAAUGCUACAGACGUAAAGGAAGAAGAAGAGACAGAUGUGAGCGGUGAUGAGCAGUAUAAGGAGGACAUUCCUACAGGUAACUGCCCAGAUUCUUGUACCAGGAGAUCAGAGGAGAAUCUUAUAUCUUCAGAUUAUAAAGCAGAUGAUGAUAUCACACAAGAUACAUAUGAAGAACAUUCCAUUAUCCCAGAUACACCCUCAGCCCUUCACAGCCAAGAUCUGUCAUCUCCUCCUUAUAUACAGGUCCUGUCUUCUCAGUCAUCACAGGAGGUUCAGCAAAAUAAAGGUCAUAGAAGGGGUGUUGGACAUCAGCAAGCUCAUACAGGAAAGAAACCAUAUUCAUGCUCAGAAUGUGGGAAAUGUUAUACUUCUAAAGUAAGUCUUGUUCAACAUCAAAGAACUCACACAGGGGAGAAGCCGUUUUCAUGCUCAAAAUGUGAGAAAUGUUUUACUUACAAAUCAGGUCUUGUUCGACAUCAAAUAACUCAUACAGGAGAGAAGCCAUUUUCAUGCUCAAAAUGUGGGAAAUGUUUUACUUCUCAAUCAAGUCUUGAUCGACAUCAAAUAACUCACACAGGAGAGAAGCCGUUUUCAUGUUCAGAAUGUGGGAAAUGUUUUACUGACAAAUCAGGUCUUGUUAGACAUCAAAUAACUCACACAGGAGAGAAGCCAUUUUCAUGUUCAGAAUGUGGGAAAUGUUUUACUUACAAAUCAACUCUUUAUAAACAUCAAAUAACUCACACAGGAGAUAAGCCAUUUUCAUGUUCAGAAUGUGGGAAAUGUUAUACUGAAAAAGCAAACCUUGUUUACCAUAAAAGAACUCACACAGGGGAGAAGCCAUUCUCAUGUGCAGUGUGUGGAAAAUGUUUUUCUAAGAAAUCAAUUCUUGGUGAACAUAAACGAACUCACACAGGGGAGAAGCCAUUUCCAUGUGCAGAAUGUGGGAAAUGUUUUACUCAUCAAUCAAGUCUUGUUAAACAUAAAAUAACUCACACAUGGGAGAAGUGAAUUCACAGCUGUAAAUGAUGCAGAUAUCACAUCUAUACAGUGGUCCCUCAACAUACGAUGGUAAUUCGUUCCAAACGACCCAUCCUUUGUCGAAUCCAUCGUAUGUUGAGGGAUCCGUGAAAUGUAAAGUAUAGGAAGCUGUACUCACCUGUCCCCGUCGCUCCGGACCAGGUCCUCACCGCUCCCGAUGCUGUCCCAGGGGCUCCCGAUGCUGUCCCGCUGCUCCGGUGUCUUCUUCGCGAUCCUCCGGCUUCUUCCGCAUCUUCUGCAGGGUCCGGGCCUCG